CACAGGCAUACAGAGCAUAGUUCAGAAGCAAGAAACAGAGCAGGUUUUAGCGAUUCUUUUGCAUAGCAUCAUAUUUGCUGCAUAUAGUUCACAGUUCACACAUGAUGGUAGCCAACAAGAUGGUGGCCAAGGAGGCGAUCCCGUUGCUGACGCCCCACAAGAUGGGGCAGUUCGAGCUCUCCCACCGGGUGGUGCUCGCGCCGCUCACGAGGUGCCGCUCCUAUGCCAACGUGCCCCAGCCGCACGCGGCGGUGUACUACUCGCAGCGGGCCACCAAGGGCGGCUUGCUCAUCAGCGAGGCCACUGGCGUCUCGCCCACCGCGCAGGGGUACCCGGAGACCCCCGGCAUCUGGACGCAGCAGCAGGUCGACGCCUGGAAGCCCAUCGUCGACGCCGUCCACCGCAAGGGCGCUCUCUUCUUCUGCCAGAUUUGGCAUGUCGGGAGGGUCUCCACGAACGAUUUCCAGCCGGACAAACAGGCGCCGAUCUCAAGCACUGACAAGCAGAUAACUGCCGAUGCCGAGUCCGGCAUGAUCUAUUCCAAGCCCCGACAGCUUCGAACGGACGAGAUACCUCUGAUCGUCGAUGACUUUAGACGCGCUGCCCGGAACGCCAUCGAGGCAGGGUUCGACGGCGUGGAGAUCCACGGAGCACACGGGUACCUAUUGGAGCAGUUCAUGAAAGACAGCUCCAAUGAUCGCACCGAUGAGUAUGGUGGAAGCCUCGAAAACCGAUGCCGCUUUGCAGUGGAGGUAAUUGAUACUAUCGUCAAUGAGAUUGGUGCGGAUCGUGUAGGAAUCAGGUUAUCUCCAUUCGUGGACUACAUGGACUGCUUCGACUCCAAUCCACAUGCACUCGGAAUGUACAUGGUGCAACAACUCAACAAGCAUCAAGGAUUUGUCUAUUGCCACAUGGUAGAACCCCGAAUGGCCAUUGUGGAUGGCCGCAGGCAGAUACCCCACAGGCUCUUGCCCUUCAAGAAAGCAUUCAACGGCACGUUCAUUGCCGCUGGAGGGUAUGAUCGAAAGGAAGGCAACAAAGUGGUGGCCGACGGCUAUGCUGAUCUUGUUGCUUACGGAAGGAUCUUUCUUGCUAAUCCAGAUUUGCCUAAGAGAUUUGAGUUCGACGCUCCUUUGAACAAGUACGACCGCAACACCUUCUACACGCAGGAUCCUAUCAUUGGCUACACAGACUAUCCUUUCCUUGAUGGCUCGAACGCUGAAUAGUUCAUCUGCUCAACUAUAGUUAAUGAUUUGCUUGGUUUAUAUAAUUGUAAUAAUUUUUUCUCCGGUAUGUAUAUGCACGGGCAUGUGUAGUGUAUCAUUUCCACAAACAAUUUACUUAUGUACUCCCAUGUAAUGCCAAUAUGUGAAGAUUUUUUUUUAAAAUUGAUUAUUUAGAGAUAUUCAUGUAGUGAUAAGUAUAUGCAUGUGUUGGAAAUAUGCCCUGGAGGCAAUGAUAAAUUAGUUAUUAUUAUA